CAGUACUAACGCAGCUUUGGUCAAGACAGCACCACUAAUAGGACCUCUGCCUCUGAAACUUCAUUGGUGGUUACCAAGUCAGCUGCUCAAGAAUAUCACUUUGCGUCAUUGUGCGCACUAUUUGUGAAUUUUCAGGACAAAAUAACGAAUCAACUAUAGAGGAGUUUAUGUGCAAUAUAUGUUAGCUACUGCUGUUGCAAAGCCCCAUUGUCCAGUGACUGGUUGACCACUGAAGAUGGAGUCUGACAACAGUAAUCAAGCAUCUCUGCUCUCGCCACAAACCUUCAACGCUGACACCACCCACGCUGGCCUCCCCACAUACGCAUAUUUCUACCUACUCGGAACUUACGUAAACCCGAGCACAUUACUGCUUUUUCUGGCCAGCAACUUUUUAUGCUUGUUGAUUGCCUAUCGCUGUCUCACCAUCUACUGGGCAGCCAGAAGUCACCAGCAGCAUGACUCCCGUAACUUGGAGGAGGAGACUGAGCCCAGGAAGGUAGUGGCUGAACCUGGAGGCUGGUUGAGACCAGUGAGCAACAUAGAAAUACAUUCAGCAACACCACUGGUUCUAGGCACUGGUAACACUGCUCAGGUGUUGUGGCUCUCCUCGUCUCAGCCCAUCACACCUGAGGACGUUAAACAAGCUCUCUCCGUAAUAGCUGACCUUGUUGUGUCGGCGUGGGUCAUCCGACUCGGGCGAGGUUACGAUAAGGACAACAGGUAUCGGGCAAAGAUCCAGAGCAUUGAACGAGACCGAAUUAUCUACCAGAGUACGUCCCCACCAAUAGACACAACCGAUCACCCCAACCAGCUACCCAGUGUUCUGGUGUCUUGUCGGGCUACUCGCAGUCUACAACACUGUGGUGAUAAAAGUGGCUAUCCAACGUCUUCAACACUUAAGUGA